CGCCUCCGUCCGAGUUGCGAAUUGUGAUAGACUUACUUCACUUACUUACCUGCUGGAAUUGAGGACGUGUAGUCGUAUUGUUGCACAUUCAUUAAAAAAAGUGCAAGUGCGCUCGUUUUUGUGUUUAUUAAAUAUAACUUCAAUACAAUGGCUUCGCCGCGUACACGUCGUAAAUUAAAUUUGAUUCGAACUCAGGACGAAAACCACAAAUGUUUCGAGUGUGGUACUCUAAAUCCCCAAUGGGUGUCGGUGACCUACGGUAUUUGGAUAUGCCUUGAAUGUUCAGGCGUACAUCGCAGCCUUGGAGUCCACUUGUCUUUUGUUCGUUCAGUCACUAUGGACAAAUGGAAGGACAUAGAACUAGAAAAAAUGAUGGUUGGAGGCAACUUAAAGGCUCGAACAUUCUUUGAAAGCCAACCUGACUAUAAGCCUGAAAUGAAAAUUCAACAGAAGUAUAAUACUAAAGCUGCUUCAAUGUAUCGGCAAAAGAUAACAGCCCUUGCUGAAGGUAGUGACUGGAGUCCCUCUGAUUACAAACCAGAGGUAGUAGAGAAGCCCACGGACUGGAGUCAGUCACAGACUUUCUAUUCAUCUGGUGAUAAUGUAUUUCAUACCAGCGGUUCUGAUAAUAACAUCAGUUAUCAUAGUGAAUAUGGGAGUGGACGUUAUACUGGAUUUGGGAACACACCAAGGCAAUCUCACUCUACUCCCAUGUCUCCGAUAAACAGUGGCAAUGAUAUGGUUGAUAAUACUCUUUCUUCACUUGCUUCUGGCUGGUCGCUGUUUACUUCAUCUGUGACUAAAGCAGCCCGUACAGCUACUGAAAAUGCUGUGCGCUACGGAGGAAUAGCUACACAGAAAGUUUCAGAAAUGGCUUCUAAUGUAACUGAUAAGGUAAACAAUCGUGGCGGCUGGACUUCUUUGAGUGGAACGAGCGAGUUGCGUCGAGCAAGUAACUCGAGCGCCAAUUUCCAGGCUCCUGGCUAUGGAGCUAUGAAGAACUCUACAUCUGAACCAUAUUCAAAAUGGAAUGAGCAGAUUCAACCAACCAUCGUGCACUCGGUUGCGGCGCGCAAUAAUCUGGAUUCCCGUGAUUUAUCGCAAGUCGGGGUAUCGAGCCCACCUCCUGACAUCAAGAACAUUACCAUAAAGAAGAAACACGAUGACGACUCCUGGGACUGGCUCAACAAUUAAAAUCAUUUUUCAGCACUUCGACAUGGUGUUACGCAACACAUACUGCUGUGCAAUUACUGGUAUAAAUCAAUGAUAUUUUCUAUAAAGGAAGUGUAUUUCCUUUAAUAAUAAUCUAUUUUGUGGUACAAAAAAAUAUAUUUAUUCCAAGAGUUAUAAUCAAAUAAUUUUAUCAUUUGUUAUAUAUAACUUUACAAUUGGGUAUAAAACUUUCUUUAGUAAUGUUGCAAUCGUAAUGUCGCUUAUUAGCUUAAUUAUUUUAUUACAAAAGAUAUAUAACGCAUGUAAAUAAAUUCGUAUAAAAAAAAACUAGAAAAUUUUUGAGUUGUAAUUUUAGCCAUAAUAAAAGUAUUUUUUAACAAAUAUGUUAUUUAAAGGUAUGCAUUUGUGUUUCUUACAGUAAACUAUUUUAGUAUUGCAAUUUAUUAUAUAAUAUUGUAAGUGGAGUAAAGUUACGCUAAUAUGGUACUUUUGGAAAACGAGGUUCAAAGUUAAGUUUGAAAACCUCUCUUCGAAAAUGUACCAUUUAAGUGCGCUUAAGUGUUUCUUCCUUUCCACAGAUGAUGUAUGUAUAGUAUUAGCAGAGACGGAGUGAGGCUAUGGAGGAAUAGGCAAAGCGCAUUCUAAUAAUGAUAUAUAUAAUUCGUGCCGAUCAAUUUAAAACAAUAGUAUCUAUUAAAAUACUACAUACGCUUAAAAAACUGUAAUUAAUAACUUUUAUAUUUCUAUUUUUACCUAUUUUUCGUAUGUAUAUAGAAUUUUUAAUGAUGUUAAUGAUAUAAUAUAUAUUUUAUUAAAUUUAUGCUAAGAUUCCAGACCCUUUCUAUUGCUAAAAGCCUACUUUGAAGUAUAUUUUGAUAAAAAAAAAGAGGUGCAGUUUAUAUUCGAAUUAUAAUAAUACUUUUUAAAUUCAAUUGACUGAUUCAAUUAUGUUGCGAUCAGUAUAAGGUAUUUUUCAAAGUUGUACGUAUUUUUAGUAUUCUUAUAUAUGUAUGUUAUGUUACUAAAUUUUGUACGACUAUGUUUUAUAAGAUAUCUGUAGGUAUGGCUUGAUUUAAAUUUUAAUGUAAACGAAGCUACAUUUUAAUUAAAAUAAUUAUGUAUGCUAACUUAUAGUACCGUUCGACAUUUGCCCUCCAUUGAAUUUGUUUAAAUGUAACAUUUUGGCACAAAGAGCUCUUGAUGGUAGGAUAUUUGUAUAUUUAAUUAUACCUGAAUUAUGGUACCUUCGAUCUUCGAAUAUAUUAUAUAAAUGACAUAUUAUAACAUUAUAAAGUAAGUAAAACUUGAUUCAUUAUUUCUUAAUAUUACUGAUACCGAUGAUAAUUUUUUAUAAAAAAAAAUUAUUUAACAAUAUAGUAGAUUAUUUCGUGUAUGUUUGUCUGUUGGUAUCUGAUUAGACUUAUAUGGUCAAUAUUGGUUGCAAUGUUUUCAUGGUAAAACAAAUGACACGAACAGUUUUUAAAUAAUCUGACAUCUAACGUAGUUAAGCAAUUUUUAAUGGUCACUUGGACGAAUGAGAAAAGUUAUUUAUCGCAGAACGUAUUUUUGUACGGCAUUUAUUUAAAUAAAUUUGUAUAUUUUAAGUUUGAAAAAGUGGACUUUAUUCAUAUUAAAUUCCUAAAGGUAUUAGUUUUAAUUCUGUUUUUUUUGUUGUUGUUGCGAUUGUCUUUGUUUGUUUUCAAAUGAAUGUGGCCAUAUUUCACAAAUAAUAUUACCUUUUCAGCCGAGCUAUUCUGUAAGAAGGGAUUCGAAAGUCAACGUAGAACACGAGCGAGAAUGUCAGAAUAAUAUAUGCUACAAUGACUAAUAAUAAUCAUUAUAAAAUUUAUAGGUUACAAAUAUCAAAAUGGAGUACCACCGUAAUACGGCUGUCAAAAUUUCACGAGCGAGAUACGGAGUGAAUUCUUACAGAAUCUCAAUAUAGCUCAUUAUAGUAGGUUACUAAUUUUACGGAACAAAUUGAUCACAUAAUAGAUACAGCGAUAUAUACAUUUAUUUAAUCAAUCCUUAUCAUUUGUAGAAAGAAUAGUAGAUACGAGUGUUUUUUUUUCACAUUUACGUCACUACUUAACAUCGGUUCGGAAACACGUUAGCGGUAAUAAAAAUUCUAAUACAAUUGUCCCAACUUACGUAUGGUAUAGAUAGAGUAAUUAUAAUUAUCUAACAUUAUCUUAUUUUUAAAUAAUUUGCUGCUUAGCAUUGAAUUAGCUUUAAAAAAUAUAUAAGUUUAAGUAUCGCCUAUGAUGAAUAAUCCUUUUAUAGGUUUAAAACAAAUUUUAGAAUAGGGUUAUUAUAUGUAUGGAAUCUAUUUUAAAAUUUCAUUGCAGAGUUUUAGUUUUUUUAAGCAAAAUUAUAUGAUUUCACUUAACAGUCAUUGGAAUCUCAAAUUAUUUUCAUUUACAUCUAUUUACUUAAUAUGCCCCUAAAUUACUGAACGAAUUUAAAUGGCUUUUAAUUAAAGGUAAAGUAAAUUUAAGGCAACUUCUCAGCUCAUGUGAUUAAACAGCGAAAUUACACAAAACUUAAAAACACAAUAUUGGUGUUGUGGCAGCUUUGUGUUUUAUUUGCCAACACUCAAAUAUGUGCAACUAAAUUUAAAUUUAUUUAUCAUCUUAAUAUUACUAUGAGAUUAAUGUAUUUUAAUAUUAAAUGUAUCAUGUUCAGUCUCAGUCCAUAUUGUAAUCAAAAGUUAUCUAUAUGUAUCAAUGAAAUGACUAAUAUAGUUAUGAAAUUACUUGGUGUAAAGAAGAUAUCAAAAUCAUUAUAAUUAAUAUACAUAAAAGUUAGUUUUAUUGUCAAAAUAUGUUAGUUUAAUUUUAUGGGUUAUCGUAAUUAUAUUAU